AUGUUGACAACACAAGAUCUUCAGAUCGCAGAAAGAGUCAUCAUUGAAUUUGAACAAAAGGAAGCAUUUCCUGAGGAGAUUGCAAGUCUACAAAUUAAAGGCAAGACAGUGAAACGUAGCAGUUCUAUCUAUAAAUUAGAUCCAUUCUUGGGAAGUGACAAUUUAGUGCGAGUUGGAGGAAGACUGGGUAACGCUAUGCUGUCAGAUGAAGCAAAACCUCCUUUGAUCUUACCAAAGGGAAGCCAUGUUUCAGAACUAGUCCUUUGUGAAAUUCAUGAAGAUGGAGGUCAUUUUGGAAGAGCGUAUAUACUUUCAAAGUUGAGAGAACGAUAUUGGAUUGUACAUGCCAAUUCAGCAGCUAGAAGAAUGAUACACAAGUGUGUAAUUUGCAAACGCCAUAGAGCAAAGGUGACAGAACAGAAGAUGGCAGACCUGCCUGCAGCUCGUCUGAAAACUGGUGAACCUCCAUUUACCAGAGUAGGUGUGGAUUACUUUGGCCCAAUACUCAUCAAGCAGAGGAGGAGCAUAGUAAAAAGAUACGGUGUGAUUUUCACAUGCUUGGCUAUAAGAGCUGUUCACAUUGAGAAAGCUGACUCGUUGGAUACAAGUUCUUAUAUAAAUGCCUUGAGAAGAUUUAUUGCUAGAAGAGGGCCAGUAAGAGAAAUGCUAUCCGAUAAUGGUACCAACUUUGUCGGUGCCAAUAGAGAGUUGAAGGAGGAAAUAGGAAAUUGGAACCAGAGCCAGAUCCAGGGCUUCUUGCUUAGAAAAGGGAUAGACUGGAAAUUCAACCCUCCAGCUGGAUCACAUUUUGGUGGUGUCUGGGAGCGACAAAUACGAACGAUUAGGCAGAUACUACAAGGCAUCACCAAGCAACAACAGUUAGAUGAUGAGAAUCUGCAAACUCUACUUUGUGAGGUUGAACACAUCAUUAAUAGCAGACCAAUCACAAAGCCAUCAGACGAUGCAAAGGACGAUGGGCCACUGACUCCAAAUAUACUGCUUAUGAUGAAAGGGAUAUCACUAUCUCCCUGUCUAUCAGAGACAACUGAUUUGUAUGCUAGAAAAAGAUGGCGUCAAGUGCAAUACAUGUCGGAUAUGUUUUGGAAGCGUUGGGUUAAGGAAUACUUGUCAUCCCUGCAAAAGCGCCAGAAAUGGUUGAAGUCAAAGCCAAACUUAACGGUUGGUGACAUAGUACUGAUCAGAGAAGAAACAACUCCUAGAUGUGCAUGGCCACUGGGCAGAAUCAUCAAGGUUAUGCCUGACAAGAAGGGAUUGGUUAGACGAGUUUUGUUGAAGACUGGUCACAACGAAUUAGAGAGACCAUAUGACAAACUCUGUGUCAUCCUGGAAGCAGAACAGACAAACCCGCUGUAA